CGCGGGGCAGCGCAGGCGGACAAGAUGGCGGCGGUGCAGCCGGGCGGCGGGGCGAUGAGGCGAAUGCGAGCGGUGCUGGGGCACCUGUCGGGCACGGGCGACGUGAGGGCCGUCCCGUGUGGGAGCCGCGCCGCGGCAUCCGGUCCCGAAGAUGUGGUGGUGGUGCACGGACGGAGGACGGCCAUCGGCCGGGCCAAGCGAGGAGGCUUCAAGGACACCACGCCCGACGAGCUGCUGUCUGCCGUCAUGACAGCUGUCCUGCAGGACGUCAGUCUGCGGCCUGAGGCGCUGGGAGAUAUCUGCGUUGGAAACGUGCUGCAGCCGGGAGCUGGAGCUUUGAUUGCGAGAGUUGCACAGUUCCUAAGUGGUAUCCCAGAGACGGUGCCUUGCUCGAGUGUGAACCGGCAGUGCUCCUCUGGGUUACAGGCCAUUAUCAAUAUAGCUGGUGGCAUCCGAAAUGGGUCAUAUGACAUUGGCAUGGCCUGUGGUGUGGAAACAAUGUCCCUCAGAAGUGGAAAUAAUCCUGGUGACAUCAGCUCCAGCAUGAUGGAAAACAGCAAAGCUCGUGAUUGCCUUAUUCCCAUGGGAAUAACCUCAGAAAAUGUGGCAGAGAAGUUUGGAAUUUCCCGAAAGAAGCAGGAUGCCUUUGCCUUGGCUUCCCAACAAAAAGCAGCAAAAGCUCAGCAGAUGGGACUGUUUAAAGCUGAGAUUGUCCCAGUGAAGACCACUGUUCUAGAUAACGAGGGCAACCAAAAGACAAUCACUGUGCACCAAGAUGAAGGGGUCAGGCCCUCCACGACCCUGGAAGGUUUAGCAAAGCUGAAGCCUGCCUUCAAGGAGGAUGGCAGCACUACAGCAGGUAACGCCAGCCAGGUCAGCGAUGGAGCGGCUGCCGUCCUGCUGGCAAAGCGCUCCAGAGCCACGCAGCUGGGACUGCCCAUCCUGGGAGUGCUCAGGUCCUUUGCUGUGGUUGGAGUCCCCCCAGACGUGAUGGGCAUAGGGCCAGCCUACGCCAUCCCUGUUGCUGUGCAGAAGGCGGGUCUGACUCUGAAUGACAUUGAUAUAUACGAAAUUAAUGAAGCCUUUGCAAGCCAGGCUGUGUAUUGCGUUGAGAAGCUGGGCAUUCCCCUGGAGAAGGUCAACCCCCUGGGAGGAGCAAUAGCACUGGGGCACCCGCUGGGCUGCACUGGCGCUCGUCAAGUUGUCACUUUGCUCAAUGAAUUGAAGCGUAGAGGGAAAAGAGCAUAUGGUGUUGUAUCAAUGUGCAUUGGAACCGGCAUGGGAGCUGCAGCAGUAUUUGAGUAUCCAGGGAACUGAACUCCAGCAUACUGACAGCCCAACACAGCAGCUCAUUCUCUGCCUUCUCCAGUACUAGCAAAUGAUUUGCACUCUGAAAUCAAGUGGAUUCAGGUUUUCGUUACUAGAUCUACAAAUUUCAGGCACAAAGUGUGAAGUAGAAUGAAUCAUACAGGGCUGAUGUGCAGGUGGGAGAAUGAAAACCAGCACCUGCUUCAGAGCUGAAAAGCAACCUAAUAUGAGAAAAGGAAUGAGUUCAGCUGAAGUUCAAAUAUAGGCCCUACAGUGAUGAUUAUUAACGAAUACUUCUAAUCUAAUUUAUCUCUUUAUUCUGUGAAUAUUAUCAGUGUAGUUCAUUGUACCCUUUCCUUGUACGACAAAUCUAAAACUGCUUCCCAAAAUGAAAAUGUCAUUGCAGAGGAAAUGGCCUUCCUAGCGUUUUCUUGAAGAAUUCACCAUCUUGCAGGAGGUCUGGCAAGGCUGGUUUUGAAAGACUUCACGUUUCCUUGAUAACCUAAGUGCACCUGCCCACUGUGUCAUAACUUGGCUAAUGUCUUAAAGCCUCCCUAUGCUGCAAGAUGUACUUCAGCUUUGUAUAUUUUUCUCUUAAACCACGCUGCUCUCAGACUUCCAGUGGGGCAAAAUGGAAAGGGCAGAAAGUCAUUUACCCAGGAGCAAGGUACAAACAAGCUGUUGGGAUGCCUGAAUACAAAGGUGCUGAAGAAUUGAAUAGAAACCAGGAGUUUGAAAGUGGCCAUUCCAGCUGGUCCAAUGUAUUUCUGUGAGUUUCUAUGACUAACUUAGAAGACAAGUUUCAGCCUAAUGAGUUAUUCUUUAUAUGAAGCAGAUUUCAGCACUACAUGAACUUCGGCAACAUCUCAGUACAUCAGUGCUAAUACUGAUUUUGUCUUGUAAAAUCUUAAAUUAUCUGUUCUCCUUCUUGGGAACAAAAAGAUCAGUGAAAUUCUCAGCUAAUAGACUGAAAAAGAAAUGCAGUAAUCACCUUUGACACAUUAGAAAGUUUAAAUUUGUAACAGACUGAGGUUCUUUGUCCUGGAUCUUGUCUUUGCACUUAAUAAUACAAUUGUUCUCCUGCA